AUGGACCUACUACAGGAAAAGCACAUUCACACCAGCCGCGGCUUCCACUACCGCUACUACGUCUCUCCCACAUCCUCUUCACCAUAUACACUCCUCCCAUGCCAUGGCUUCCCCGACUCCGCCUCGCUGUACCAGUUCAUCGUGCCUACAUUGCUUAAGACCGGCCUCAAACUCAUCAUCCCCGACCUACUAGGCUACGGCGGCACCUCCAAGCCCACAGACCCGGCUCAGUACGAAUGGAGCCUGAUGUCCAGAGACCUCGUUGAGGUGUUGGCCGCCGAGUCCGUCAGCUCCAACAUUAUCCCACUUGGCCACGACUGGGGCGCAGCCAUGGUCCAAUGCUUCUACAUGCUACACAAACCCCUUUGUGCCGGCCUCAUCAACCUCAACGUCGCUCUCAUGCCGCCGCGAUCCGAGCCUUUCAACCUGGACGCCGCAAAUGCACAUACCGAGAAAACGCUCGGCUACCCAAUUUUCGCCUACUGGAACCUCUUCCUCCCCGAAGAGGGCGUGAAGCUCAUCGAGUCCCAGCUGGAGAGCAUGUGGUACGUCCUCCACGGCGACGCCGACGACUGGAUGGAGAAGAUGUGGUGUACGCACGGCGGCAUGAAGGAAUUUCUCGAGCAAGACCGCCGGGACGUACCUUUGAAACGCUUGCCAGACGGUGACCGCUUAAUGCGCGAAUGGAUUGCAGAGAAGAAGGCCGGUGGAUUGAUGGCGCCGACGUGCUGGUAUAGGGCUGUGGCGGGCGGGCAUCAGGAUGAGAUGGAUCGGAAGUUGAGUGAAAAGGGAGCAGCGUUGGUUGAGCAUCCAUGUCUGUUUGUGGGGUGUUCGGGGGAUUUGGUUUGUAGGGUCGAUGCGAUUGAGGGACCGAAGAGGGAUGGGUUGGUGCCGGAUUGUACGGUCAGGGUGGUGGAGAGUGGGCAUUGGUGUUUGUAUGAGAAGCCGGAGGAGGUGGGGAGUGUUGUUGUGGAGUGGCUGGUUAAGAAGGGGUACUGUUAG